CCUUCACCUGGACGUAAGGCAUUGUUAUUUGAGAAUGGAAGAGGAUACAGAUUUUAGAAUCAGGUUUAGUUCUCUGUGUUUCAUUACAGAUCACGUUGGAUUUCAUGGCACCAUAAAAAGCUCACCAAGUGACUUUGUUGUUAUUGAGAUUGAUGAACAGGGACAGUUAGUUAAUAAAGCCAGUGAUGAACCUAUUCACAAGGUUAAUAAAAUACUACCUGGGCCAAAUAAUUUGGCCAAAAAAACAAACCUAGAUCCUCAAAAUUUAUCCUUUGAAGAGAGAAGCAAUCAAGAAGUCAAUACUUUGGCUGGGUGCUCUGGUGAUGACCAGAAUUAUGAGCCUGGUUCAGAAAAGGAAGAUACUAUCGAAGAUGGAACUUCCAAAGGUGAAGAAGAAAACAUUGAUGUGUUAGGAUCCUUGUUAGAUGAAAAAACUAAUGAAUUACUGAAUCGGUUUGCCUGUGAUGUAAAAGAGAAGUGGAAUUCUAAAACUGAACUAAUUGGACCAUCUUCUGAAUUCUCAUUAGGCAGAAUCCUUGACAAAAACCAGAGGGCUAUUUUGCAUAGUGCUAUUAGGCAGAAAUUUCCUUUUUUAAUAACUGUAGGAAAAAACAGUGAAAUUGUUGUAAAACCAAAUCUUGAGUUUAAUUGGCCUGUAUCCUACGUGAAGGAUGGCAAGGUGUUUCAGAUGGUCCUGUUUUAUAAGUAA